GUUGGAAACCAUAUAAUUGUCAGUUCAUUACGAUUAUUAAUAUGAUUCUUCAGAGACGGUCUAAUGGCUGGGAGUCUUUAUUGACAGGGCCACCAAGGAAGAGGUGCAAGUUAUUAGCACUAGCCCUUAGAGAGUCCUGCUGCCAAGGGAAAAGAUCAGUCACAUCACGGUUGGUCUACCCAAGAGCGCUAGCCCUCUGGAAAAAAGAAGAGGCCCAUUCCCCUAUCACUCACACCAGCAGCUGCGGUAAGCCCGCCUCCAGGCCCAGAGAGCUCGGAAGACCCGCCUCCUCACGAUUAAACGAAGAAGGCAGGAAUUGGAGGCUAAGUCGGUGACGUAACCUUCCGACUUAGGUGGCCUUCCGCUCCGGCGCCUGUCAGGAGUGGGUUAGGGGGACAUUUAGCGGGGCUCCCCAGUCCCUCGGCUCUUGGAAGUGCGAUGAGGUCGGUUAGCUAUGUGCAACGCGUGGCCUUGGAGUUCAGCGGGAGCCUCUUCCCUCACGCAAUCUGCCUCGGAGACAUCGAUAACGAUACAUUAAAUGAACUAGUGGUGGGAGACACCAGUGGGAAGCUGUCCGUGUAUAAGAACGAUGACAGCCGGCCAUGGCUCACCUGUUCCUGCCAGGGAAUGCUGACUUGCGUUGGUGUUGGAGAUGUAUGUAAUAAAGGAAAGAACCUGGUGGUGGCAGUGAGUGCUGAAGGCUGGUUUCACUUGUUUGACCUGACACCUGCCAAGGCCCUGGAUGCUUCUGGGCACCACGAGACACUAAUGGGAGAGGAGCAGCGUCCAGUCUUCAAGCAGCACAUUCCGGCCAACACCAAGGUCAUGCUGAUCAACGACAUCGAUGGAGAUGGGUGUUGCGAGCUGGUGAUAGGUUACACAGACCGUGUUGUGCGGGCUUUCCGUUGGGAAGAUCUGAGUGAGGGCACUGAACAUCUGACGGGGCAGCUGGUAUUCCUCAAGAAAUGGAUGCUGGAGGGUCAGCUGGACAGUCUCUCAGUGACUCCAGGGCCCCUGGGUGUUCCUGAACUGAUGGUAUCUCAGCCAGGCUGUGCUUAUGCAAUUCUACUGUGUACCUGGAACAAGGACACUGGGUCCCCCCCUGCCUCUGAAGGGGCUACAGAGGGCAACAGGGAGCCCCCUGCUACCCGAGAUGUAGUGCUGCACCAGACGUCUGGCCGCAUCCACAACAAGAAUGUCUCCACUCACCUCAUUGGCAGCAUCAAACAAGGACACAGCCCUGAGAGUGGUGGCUCUGGCCUCUUUGCCCUCUGCACCCUGGAUGGGACGCUGAAGCUUAUGGAGGAAGCAGACAAGCUGUUGUGGUCGGUGCAGGUGGAUCACCAGCUUUUCGCCCUAGAGAAAUUAGAUGUCACGGGCAAUGGACAUGAGGAGGUAGUUGCAUGUGCCUGGGAUGGUCAGACGUAUAUUAUUGAUCAUAACCGCACCGUGGUCCGCUUCCAAGUGGAUGAAAAUAUCCGAGCCUUCUGUGCAGGCCUAUAUGCCUGCAAAGAGGGCCGUAAUAGCCCCUGCCUCGUGUACGUCACGUUCAACCAGAAGAUCUAUGUGUACUGGGAGGUGCAGUUGGAGCGGAUGGAGUCCACCAAUCUGCUGAAACUGCUGGAGACUGAGCCAGAGUACCGGGGUCUGCUGCAGGAGCUGGGCAUGGGUGAGUACCAGGGAAGCUGUAGGGGCUGGAGAAGUCCAGUGGCCCAGGUGCCCAGGAAACCUGCAGCCUCUUACCAGCCCCUUUUUUUGCCCUUAGAUCCCGACGACCUCCCUGCCGCCUGCGCCCUGCUUCACCAAACCCUGUACCAUCCCGACCAGCCACAGCAGUGUGCUCCCUCCAGCCUCCAGGAUCCCACCUAGCUGGGCUUGCCUGAUCCUUAGCUGAUGAAGGAUUCUUCUGAGCCCCCUCCCCCUCAGGGUAUCCAUGGUACUGGCAGGAUAGGGAAUAUAUAUUACAGAGGAGUGGGAUUUGACUCUGGGCAUGGAAGGAUAGUGGCAACCCUAGGGUGACUGUGACUAUAGACCUCACAGUCUUUUUGGUGAAAGGAGACGAGUUCGCCCUCUGCCCAGUUUCUCGUGCAUUGCACCAAUCAUACAGCAGGGUCAUAGGACCCUGCCUUGUUCCAAAUCAGGACCACCCUCUACCCCUAGAUCCCCACACUCAUUGUGUAAAGAACAGAGACUUGCUUGUGAGGAGGGAGAUCAAAUCUUUUGCAUGGGCCCAACACCCGUAAGGAAACCAGACUUCAGGGCCAGAGGAACAGUAGAAGGAAGAGCUGCACCUCAUCCCAAGCUCCGUCUUUCAUGGCACAACUCCAUGUCACUGGCGUUCAUAAUGAUCACAAGAAUGGCAAAUAUUCUUUAGCCACUUUUGUUUUGUUUUUUGAGGGAUUGUUCAGGACAUUUUACAGUCUGGUUCUUCUUUUCCUAGCAGCCUUGAGAUGAUUUUCCUCAGUUUAUCAAAAGAAACUGGGUCAGUGCUUUCUCGUUUUGCCAUAUUCAUCAAACACUGUGGAGCUACAUAGGCCUUGCUCCCAUUUCCCCAACCAGCCACUCUCCCAAAAAACCACCUUAUUGUCUGUAAUACCAAACCAAACCCAUUGCCAUCGAGUCGAUUCCGACUCAUAGCGACCCUAUAGGACAGGGUAGAACUCUCCCAAAGAGUUUCCAAGGCUGUAAAUCUUUAU